AUGGAAAAAGCGGAAGCCCUAACAAUACAAAUCUUUCUUCUCCUUGGCGCUGCCCUGGUUUCCAUAGGCGGGCGAUUAUACACCCGAUGGCGGCAGGCCGGAAUGAAGAACCUUGGUCUCGAUGAUGGCCUUGCAAUUGCGGGAAUGAUUCUCUUUGUGCCCAACGUGGUCUUGGCGUACAUGAUGAACACGCGGACCCAUUGGAUGGGCAAUCACUCUGUCAGCAGCAAUACUGCAACACAGCCGAGUCAUGACGAAGAUCAGAUGAGGGAAUUGGGAUCGAAACUAUAUCUAUACAGCUGGUUAUCCUAUUCCGCUGCGUUAUGGACGUUCAAGGCAGCCUUUCUCGCAAAUGUCCUCCGUCGAAUUCCCGAAUCCGGUAGACGACAAACUCACCAGUAUCUCGGCUUUGGCUUCCUGGCUGUAACAUGGGUAGCAACGACGAUGGCUCUCUUCCAAAGCUGUCGACCGUUGCCUCACAUGUGGCAGGUAUAUCCCAGCCCAGGACUGUACUGCCAGCCUGCUACUUCGCCGGUGUUGGUGUGGGUAUACUUCAGCUUCGACAUCGUUACGAACCUCUAUCUAGCGUCUGCAGCUACUCCUGUCGCUACUAGAAAAGACAAACCCACAUGGGAAAAGCUUCAGUGGGUCGCAACGCUUGUUUGCGGGCUUCUUGCCACGGCGGCCGCAGCUGCGCGAGCUAUCAUUCUGGUGUCGGGUCAACAUGCAAAUGCAGAGCAGAUUGCAGAGUCAUGGGCGAUCUGGCAGAUCUUUAUCUUUGUUGCUGCAGUUGAUCUAACAGGGCUCUUUUAUCAGCCAGCAACAUCUUCCUCUUAUCCACCUGAGAAAGAUUUUGAUGAUGCCGCUUUCAACAAUUUUAUUUACUCGGAACGGUUUUCUACGAGACAACACAGUCUGGCCGAGUCGGACGCAACUAUUGUUGUCACACCCGAGGUGACAAAUUUGUACGAGAAAUUCGCCGAGCCAUCAAUCCGGGAAAUUGAGGUACAAGGGCGUCGAAACUCGGGUAUUGAACGCAAAGUCGAAGUAUCAGUGUUUCAAGAGAGCUUCAUAAUAGCUCCAGAGGGACCGUGCGAUAUCUGUGGAAAUUACACAAGAAGCUGGGCAAAUGACGAGGAUGCAAACAAGCCCGAGCAGAGGAGCUCCUAUUUCGGAAGCAACAUCCAUUUUCAUGUUCCAAAGUACGGUGUUAAAUCACAGGAAGUUUCAUGA